CGCAGUUCAUCUCGAACGAGCCUAGAGUUUGCAUUUUAGCUCGUGUUGAGGACGGCGGAGUAAAAGGCGCCAGUGUUUGGUGUCCUUCCAGAGAGAAACAUCCCAAACUGCUGCAUGAGGUUUUAAAACCUGAAACGGAGCUACAAAGAGCAGCUCGGGGAGAAGUUGAGGAGAGACACUUCAACAUGGACUCUGAGAGGAAACUGUCAGCUGGCCAGUGGAGAGAUGUCCAGAAAGUGAUUGUUGGUGAAGAACAUCAGCAGGAGUGGAGCUCCAGUCUGGACCAGGAGGACCCAAAGCCCCCACACAUUAAAGAAGAACAGGAGGAACUCCUGAUCAGUCAGGAUGAAGAGCAGCUUCAAGGGCCGGAGGAGGCUGAUGUCACCAAAUUCCCAUUCACUCCUGUCCCUGUGAAGAGUGAAGAUGAUGAAGAGAAACCUAUGUUCUCACAGCUUCAUCAAAGACAAACUGAAGAGAUAAAAACAGAAGCUGAUGAAGAGGAGUGUGGAGGACCAGAACCAGCCAUGAAAUCAGAUCCAGAUACACUUUCACAACCAGAUACUGAUGAACCUGAGACUGAUGACAGUGCUGAUUGGAAAGAGACCAGAGAACCUCAGUCAGGUUUAAACUCUCUGAAUAAUGAUAGAUUCCCUGUUAGUGAUUCAGGAUGUACUACUGGUGAGAAACCAUUUAGGUGCUCUGAGUGUGGGAAAAGAUUUGGCACCAGUAUAAAUCUAAAGAGACACAUGAGAACUCAUGAAGGCGAGAAACCAUUUAGCUGCUCAGUCUGUAAGAAAGCUUUUGGACAGAGUGGAAACUUACAGAUACACAUGAGAAUCCACACAGGAGAGACACCAUUUAGCUGCUCAAUCUGUAAGAAAGCUUUUACAGAAAGUGGGAAUUUAAAGAGACACAUGAGAAUCCACACAGGAGAGAAACCAUUUAGCUGCUCAGUCUGUAAGAAAGCUUUUACAGAUAGUGGAAAUUUACAGAAACACAUGAGAAUCCACAAAGAUGAGAAACAAUGUAGCUGCUCAAUUUGUAACAAAGAUUUUAUACUGGGUGGAAACUUACAGGCACCCAUGAGAACCCACCAUGCGAGUGUUACAAGCUCCCCUCUUGUUUAGCUUCUCCCUGUCUGCUCUACUCAGGUGAUCCUGAUUUGAUAGUUAGUGGUUGGCUCCGCCCCUUGUACUUAAGGAAGGCUGGAGGACUCAUUCAGAAUGAAGCAGCUGUGCACCAGUCUGUAUAUUUUUGGGGGGUUUGAGGUCUGAGGGGUAUGGCACACAACCAAGAUGACAUUUCGAACUUAAUUCAUGAUAUUUGGAUAUUGAACUAUAAAUACACAUGUAUAAAUAGUAAUAGAUAAUGAAAUAAUUGAAAGUCCAUGAAAUGUUACACUCAAGAUCGCAUCUGAACAGUCAAAAAUUCUCGACUGAGUUUAAAACUUUUACAGCCAACUUAUUAAAAUGUCGGGUUUUAAUCGGGCGUGGUGUUAAUUUUGUCACCUAUUUUUAAUUUAGUCUUAGUCUUGUGCCAAAUGUCCGUGUU